ACUUGGGCUGGGCCAGUUAAUCCAUUCAAGUCAAGCCUAUCCCAAUCCAAUAGAUUUUGCAUCCAGUUUGGAACGGCGACAGGUCGACGAUAAACCCCGACCAGAGGUUCUUCACGUUCUUCCAAAUGGAGAAAUCGAAAAUGAGCAACAAGCUCUCUACGUUUAUGGAAUCUGGAAUUUACCGGUUCGAUGAUACGAACGCCGUUUUCAUAGACCCGGUUCGCGUCCUUAACCGUUCGUACAAUCGGUUUAAGGUUUCACCAUCCGCGUACUACUCACGCUUCUUCGAAGAAUCCAAACAAACCGCAAAAGAAUCGUCGAAUUCGAGAAAACGGAAGCGGAAGGAGAAGAAGAAAUCCCAUCCUCUUAACGAAAGAGAGCGAGCCGCUGAUCAGCGUCACCAGGAAUUAAGGCCUUUGUUAGUAAAAGCUCACGAAUCUUUGCUCAGAGCUACCGAUCUUUUAGAGGUUAUGAGCAAUUUGCGAGGUGGUUUAGAUUCUUCGCCAUCAAAAUGCGGAGGCUUAUCUUCACCUAGAGUUCAACAGUCAUUUGUUGAACUCGGACGUGUUUGGCAAGCUCCUCUGUAUGAAAUUACUCUCAAAUUCCAUACGACAAUCAAACAAAACGAAGAUGGAGGUUCUCCAAUCAAGGAAAACUUUGAACAACGAGUUUUCCCCGUAUUUGAUAAUUUAGUUGUUAACGAGACCGGUGAUGAAGUGGAGGCUGAAUUCUUGAACAGUCAAUAUAUAUUACCUCCUGAUAGUGGCUUCUAUAUGUCUGACCUGGGGCAGAUUCACAACCUAAUUCCUGCUGAGUCUGAUUGUGGCUUCAAUCUUAUUGUGGUCGAUCCACCAUGGGAAAAUGGAAGUGCCCGCCAGAAAUCAAGGUACCCAACUUUGCCGAACAGAUAUUUCUUAUCCCUUCCUAUCAAGCAACUUAGUCACAACAAAGGAGCACUUGUAGCUUUAUGGGUAACCAAUAGAGAAAAACUACGUGGCUUUGUUGAAGAAGAGCUAUUUCCUGCAUGGGGAGUUAGAUACAUGGCUACCUUUUAUUGGUUGAAGGUGAAAGCAAAUGGUUCAAUGGUUGGUGAUCUGGACCUCUUUCAUCAUAGACCAUAUGAAUGCAUUCUUUUGGGACAGUGUUAUGGAGAGAAGAAUUCUGAGGACUUGCCGAGAUUUAAAACUUUAAAGAAUAAUCAAAUCAUCAUUAGUGUCCCAGGGGAUUACUCGAGGAAGCCUCCGCUCGGAGAGUUGCUAUUGGAGUAUAUUACUGGAAUUAAUCCUACCCGGUGUAUUGAACUAUUUGCCAGAGAAAUUAUAGCUGGAUGGGUUUCUUGGGGGAAUGAACCCCUUCAUUUCCAGGAGUCACGAUCUUUUACAAGGGGUUAGAUGGAUAUAUGUCGAAGGCCCCUAGUCCCCCUUUUUUAUUUUUUUGGUGCUUUGAUUCUUUUUCCGGAUGUUUCUUAUAGAGGGGACGGAACCAGCAAAUUAUUGCAUUCCACACCUUGUAGAACGAGAAUACUAUUAUGAUGAUUAAUCUAUAGUGUUCCUUGUGGGCACAGCUCCGGUGAAGAUUUGAACCGAGUUCAUGUCUUUUUCAUUUAAGAAAA